CCUUCCUCGGUCCCCUCCGGUCACGUGACCAAGGGCUCUUCCGGCGGCGCUUCUGUUAGGCGGUCGUCAUGAGGCUCACCGCAGCGGCUUGGAUUUCCCACGGGCGGGUGCAGAGGCGCUUCGGCCUCGGGCCCCGCUCGCGGAUCGACCUGCUGCGGAACCUCGUCACGGCCCUGGUGCGCCACGAGCGGAUCGAGGCACCCCGCGCACGCGUGGACGAGAUGCGCUUUUACGCCGAGCACCUGAUUGACUACGCCAAACGUGGCGACACGGACCCCAACGCCAUGCGCAUGGCUGACUUCUGGCUGACGGAGAAAGAUCUUAUCCACAAGCUCUUCAAAGUGCUGGCUCCACGCUUCCAGCCUCAUGCACGGAACUACACCCGUAUGCUGCAGAUUCCCAAUCGGGAGAACAUGGACCGAGCCAAGAUGGCAGUCAUCGAAUACAAGGGGAACCCGUUCCCACCACUCCCGCUGCCACAGAGGGACAGUGAGAAGACUCUGGUGAACCAGCUGCUGAAGGGUUAUCGGGAGGAUGUGCGCAGGAGCAGAGAUGCACAGCUCCUGGAGGGGCUUGGUGUAGGCACAGCUGUGUAGGAUAGACUUUGCUUCCUUCCUGUGUGAAACAGCCCCCUGUGGCAGGGAUGGAGGUUCCUGCCCUGGCUGGUGUGCCCAUCCGUUGGCACCUCUUGUUGAUGUGUGGGGAAGGUGGGGUAAACUUGGUCUGAGACCCCUCUUUGCCUUCAUCUGCUCUGUGAGGCAGAGUGCCAGCUCCCUUAUUCCAGGGGAGUGGAAAAGGGAGAAGCCCUUUUUUCAGGUAUGCAGAAAUAAAUGUGGCUGCUGGGAAAAUGCAUGCCUUUCUCCAGACUCUUUGUGCUACAAUCCACCUGCAGCUGAGUGAUGGGACUUGGUUGCACAUCUGCUUUGCAGUGGCACUGGGGGUGUCAGUGAGGGCUAGGCACCUUAUAAGGUGGUUAAGUUUUUUUGGAGAGAUCAUUACACUAGUGUUCACAUAAAUUGUUCUUACGGGGAGCGAAGAAAGGUCUUUGCUACUUGGGUGUGUCAAAUCCACCCUAUCAAGAAGGGUGUGUGGAUGUGUGUGCACUGCUUAUUUCUUUCCAACAGGCAGGCUUGCUAUCCCUUGUUGCAGGAGUAGUCUCCCCAUUUCUGUGUCAGUCUGCAGGUGUGGUAUAGGUUUUGGCGAGAAGAACCCGUCAGGUAGCGUAACUGAUGCCUAAAUAAAUAUUCCACAGGAUAUGACACAACAGGCUCCACCGCCAGUUGGAGUUAAUUAAGUUAAUUAAGAAAUUAAUUGAACUGCUGCUGUUGUGCCUCAACAGUCUGGUAGCUCGGUCACUCACUGGCAGGAGAUGUGAUCAGCAGGCCUGCCCUAUACUCUGAUAAGGGUGCUAAAGCUGUGCCCUUUAUGUUAUGGAGAUCAGGAAAAAGUAUGAAAGGGAGUUCUUGCAGGAACAUAAGGCAACUGGUUUUUACAGGAUUUUCAUUUGUUGUGUUGUGGGAGAGAGCACUAAAGCAUCCAUGCCUGAGGGGAUUGACUGUUCCCAAACUUUCAGGGCGUUACAAACACAGGAGUGGCUCUUGUUUAUGCCUUGCUUCUGGACAAAUUAAAGAAAGAUUACAAACUUUUUGAAUGGGA